CCGGCGUGACAACCCUGUUCUCUAAUAAAAUCUCCACUUCUGCUCCAACUUCUUCUUCUUCUUCUUCGCCCCUUUUAUAAAACGGCCCAAUCCUUCUCUUGUGGCUUUAUUUUCUUCUCUCUCCGACCCUUCUUCGCUCCCAUCGUUCGUUCCUCUGUCUCCCUCACUCCACCCGGCCCUAUCUAUCUUUCUCUCUCUUGUCUUUCCGCGUUUCGUUGCUCCCCCAAUCGCAUCGUCACAGAUUCGCUCGUCGAUCCCCCAACUGGCAACCAUGAGUGACGAGGGAGAGAAGACCUGCCCACUCUGCGCCGAGGAGAUGGAUCUGACUGAUCAGCAGUUGAAGCCUUGCAAAUGUGGCUAUGAGAUAUGUGUUUGGUGUUGGCAUCACAUAAUGGACAUGGCUGAGAAGGAUGACUCAGACGGUCGGUGUCCUGCAUGCCGCACACCAUAUGACAAGGAGAAGAUAGUAGGGACUGGACCGAAUGAGAGAUUGGUAGCUGAAUUCCAAGAGCGGAAGAAGUCACAUAAGUCAAAGUCGAAACCAUCUGAGGGGAGGAAGCAGCUCAGCAGUGUGCGGGUGAUCCAACGGAAUCUUGUCUAUGUAGUUGGGCUACCUAUGAACUUUGCAGAUGAGGAUCUACUCCAGCGACGAGAAUAUUUUGGUCAGUACGGGAAAGUGUUGAAGGUGUCAAUGUCGCGGACAGCAGCGGGAGUCAUUCAGCAGUUUCCUAAUAAUACUUGUAGUGUAUAUAUUACUUACGGAAAGGAGGAUGAAGCAAUUCGUUGUAUUCAAUCAGUACAUGGAUACAUAUUGGAUGGUAGACCAUUGAAGGCAUGCUUUGGAACCACAAAGUACUGUCAUGCUUGGUUAAGAAAUGUGCCCUGCACCAAUCCUGAUUGUCUAUACUUGCAUGAGGUUGGAUCUCAAGAAGAUAGUUUUACAAAAGAUGAGAUAAUCUCAGAGUAUACAAGGAGUAGGGUGCAACAGAUUACUGGCGCUACCAGUAAUUUGGUUCGACGUGCAGGGAAUAUGUUGCCACCUCCAUCGGAUGAAUAUUCUUACAACACUUCGGCCUCUGCUGCAAGACCCAUCGUAAAAAAUGCAGUAAAUAGCGCAAUGGGUAGUAGUGGCAAGGGUUCGCCACCUAAUGGGAGUUGUAGUAGAUCUGGUGCUCUUCCAGCUGCGGCUUCAUGGGGAAUGCGCUCUUCAAACCAGCCACAAAAUCUAACAUUUUCAAAUGGCCCUCCUGUGCUGAAGCCUGAUACAGUGAAAAAGACCAGUUGGAAUGAAGAUAGUCAACCAAUAAUAAGUAAAUGCAAACCCGAUUUAUUAGGACCUUUGAAACGGUUGCCUGCUAGUGACUCCCCUCCCAUUGUGCCUGAGAAAGCAUCUUUAAAUGAUACCAGUGUUAAUAUUCACUUAACUAAAGACUGGGGAACAGCUGAGGUCUCAAGUGUGAAAAGUUCUCUUAUGUCCCCUCAGUCCUCAAGUCAUGAGCAAGAUGAGCUUGCUAUUGCAGAUGAGAAGAUUCCGGGUUCAUGUUCUGAAAUGUCUUCAAUAAGGAUUGGUGGAAAUGAUACCUCAGGGGCAAUGAGUAGAACUGGCAGCGUGUUUCCAGAGAACAGUGUGUUCAAAUCUCCUAGUGGUCAGCAACAAUAUGUUGAGCAAUGUGGAGGCUCUUUAGCUUCUCCAGCAAGUGAGCCUGCUGCUAAUGGGGUAUAUAAUUCUAGAGUAGAAAAAGAUUGGAGAAUGGAUCCACAGACUGAAGCAGUUCCAAGCAGCGAAUGUGAGCUGGAAGAGGAUGUAUUAUCGUUUGAUAAUCAGAGACUGACGGAUCCAGAGGUUGUCAGCCGUUCAUUGUAUUUGCCAAGUUCAGUGAACUCUCUCCAGACAGCAAACAGUUCCUGGUCUCAUUCUUUGCAGCAUACAGAUGCUUUAGCUACUGUUGAUGCAAAUGCUGAUUCUUUAUUCUUAGAUCAUAGAAUUGGUGAUCGUCCAAUGAGACACAUGCCUAGCAAUCCUGCCUUGCCAAAUGGAUACACUGAAACAUUGAUGAAUAGUUCUACUGGGUUGAGUAGACUUGCAGAACUAACUCUUUUCCCUCCUGGCCAAGAUGAACGGGAGCACUUGGGAAGAAUACAAAGUGACGGUGAUGGUAAUGUGAUUCUAGAUGCUGGAGAGAGUAGCAUAAUUUCAAAUAUACUAUCUCUAGAUCUGGAUGGAUGGGAUGAAUCAAUAACUUCCCCACAAAAUUUGGCUAAACUAUUGGGUGAUAAAGAUAAACAAACUAGUUCUCUGAAGAUGUCUAAUUCCUGGAAAGCUCAAAGUAACAUGCAGUCUAGGUUUUCUUUUGCUAGGCAGGAGGAAUCGAGGAACCAUGCAUUUGAUAUUGAUCCGUCCUUUAUUGGGCUUGGACAAAUGCCAAGGAAUCAUUCAUUCAAUCAUGAUCUCUUGGAAAAUAGAAAUUCAUAUUUGGAUAAGCAUGGGUUGAGUAAUGGUUUCUCAUCAAGUAAUAUGGACGAUUUAGAAUCCUCUCUUGGUGGCAAUUCAGCUUUCUCUUCCAGUAAGCCUUCCGUUUUGCGAUCUCAAAUUUCGGCCCCACCUGGGUUUUCAGUGCCUAACAGAGCACCGCCACCAGGCUUCUCUUCUCAUGAGAGGGUGGAGCAGACUUUUGACAGCAUCUCAGGAAAUCAUUUGCUCGACUCGUCUUCCUUGCUUAGAAGCUCAUACCAGGCUCCAAUGAGUGGAAGCAUGGGAAGCACAGCUGACAUUGAAUUCAUAGAUCCUGCAAUUUUAGCUGUUGGCAAGGGGAGACCUCAAGGGGCCUUUAGUAAUAAUAGCCCUGGUUUAGACAUGAGAUCAAACUUUCCACUACAGUAUAGCAGUUUUGAGAAUGAGGCCAGACUACAGCAACUAAUCAUGCAAAGAUCUCUUCCUCAACAACAGCAGAACCUACGAUAUGGUGACCUUGCGGAUAACUUCUCUUCUUCACUCGCUGAUUCUUAUGGCCUCUCUUCAAGGAUGGUGGAUCAGUCUCAACUGAACAACAACUUGUCCCCCUUUGCACAACUGUCCGUCCCACAAUCUAGGAGUAAUGGACUUGUGUCAAAUGGGCACUGGGGGGAUGGCUGGAAUGAGGUUCAGGGCGGUGGAAACAAUUUGGGUAUGGCAGACCUACUCAGGAGUGAGAGACUGGGCCAGUUCAACAAUUUCUACUCCUCUGGGUACGAAGAUUCAAAAUUCCGGAUGCCUAGCUCUGGUGACUUUUAUAACAGGACGUUUGAGAUGUGAAGCAGUAGUGAGAACAUAUGAAGAUGUUUUGCCUGGCUAGCACAUGGCUGAGAGGUGUAGAGGGGGGAGACGGAUAAGAUGAUCUGCUUCACAACUACGUGGCCGUUGUACUGAAGGAUUGGACUCUACAGCUUUGACAUGUUUGGGUGUGCAGCCUUAUGAAGGACCAAAAGCUCCCGACCCGAGGUCUAGAAGGCAGCAGGUGUGAUAUGAAUGAAUGCCCUCUUAGGGGAAAGAUUUUACCCUGCCAUCCCACGAAACUGCUCUAUCAUCUAAGCAGUAUUCAUUGUGCUUUUUCUUUCCGUCGCAGGUCAUGUAAGCUUGUGGAGAAGAACAUCAUUGCUGUAGUUGAUUUGGUGCCUUGAAGCGGCAGGGGGUGCGUGCAUACUACUACCUAGAGAAGUUGGGGCAAAGGUUGUUAACCUUAUAGAGUUGUUGACUGUCCCUUCUUUUCUCCAGAGUCUUGGUUCUGUUUCUUUUUUCCUGUGAUGAGUUUAAAAAUGAAUGAAUUUGGUUGAUUUCUCCGUCUGCGUCGCCAACUGAAUAUAGAGUUCGACUUGUGGAAGAGGCUAGUCUCCCUGUCUUCCCCCCUCUCCCCGGUCUCCAUUUGUACGCUUUUGACUGCCUUCCCGAUUAUUGUUACUAACUGCCAGUAGCCAGUAUUAGAUACAAAAGUGGGGGGAAAAAGAUGUUUCAACUUGCAACCCUCUCGAGUUCCAGCUUCUGCAUCGUCUUACUGCUUGAAUCUGUUGUCUGGAUGCUGUGGGUGGUCUCUCGGCCGAUUCAUGUUGGAAGUUCAUAAUAGCUAAAUCUCCAACUUGAUUGUCUGAAGUAUGUUGGAAUCCAACUCCAUUAUCCAAAGAUAGAUAGAGCCAACUUCGCAAUCGAGAUGCUUUAGGUCGGUCGCUGUUGAUUUGAUGCAAAGGUGAUGUUUGCGCAUGUAUAACAUCAUGUAUUUAUACACAUAGGAAAAGUAAUAGUGAUACAUGACCUUUAACGAAUUAGAC